UCACUUAUUCAUGCAAAAAUUAUUUAUUGUAUACUUACCCAGGCAUUGGGGAUACAGCCUUAAAAAAGAUUACGACUCUGCCCUCACAAAGCUUGCAUUCUUGAGAGGGAGACUGAUAAUAAGCAACAAAUCCAAAACAUUGUUUCAGACAGUGAUGAGUGCUGAGAAGGAAAUAAAGCAAGGCCAAGUCUUUAUAGAGUGUUUGUGGCUAUUUUAGAUGUAUGGUCAGACAAGGGUUCUUUGCAGAGGUGACAUAUGAGCCGAGACUUAAAUGACAAGAUGGAAUCAGUAGGCAAAGCACUAAGCAGAAGAAACAGUUCUUGUGCGAGGAGCGAGCAAAAGGAAUGAUUAACAAUGAUGGAUGGAACUUGGCGACUUCCGGGAACAGCAUGAAGGCCUUUGUGACCAAAACAUGAUGAGUAUGUGCUGAUGAGGUCCCAGAGUUAGGCAAGGAGUUUCAUUUUUUAUUCUAAGUGCAGUUGGUAUCCACUGGAAGUUUCAAGUAGAGCGUGGAUUGUGAGGGAUGUAAUAACAACAGACAGUUUAAAAUACAAUAUUGUACUUCGAUUUGACUUCUUCGAAACCUAGUUUCCAAUUCCAGUGCUGGUCAAACAACACCCUGGCCGUCCCUGUUUGAGCAGGCUGUUUGCGCUUGUCGCGGCUUGUUUGUCCCUGGCGCCCCGCUGUUGAAAGCCUGGGAGCGUGUGACAGUUGGCAGGCGCAGUGAGGCGCAGUCCGAGCCAAGUCAAUGCAGGGGCCGGGGCUGAGGGAGGGGAAGAGGCAGAGGAGGCGGUGAUGGCGCGCUGGGAGGGCGGCGGCCUCUGCAGCGAGGGUGGUGGCGAUGCGCAUACCGAGAGAAGAAGGAAGCGGUCCCCGACGAGCCUCCUCGGGGCUUAUGGGGCCCCUGGCGGUUCGGCCUCGGAGGCUAGCGGGGCUGCCCGAUUUGGCACUGGAAACAAUGGUGGUUCGGGGCUGGAGGCAAUGGCGCGAGUGCUGGGGUGCAGGGGCGACUAGGGGAGUUUCGGUUUCUCGGGCCUAGCGCCGCGGAGCCUUGCUGCGGGCCCCAGUGGUGGCACCCCCGGGAACCGCAGGUGUUGAUUUAAGGCUCGGAACAGGCGGGCCUUCUGCCCACAUCCUGCGGCGCCCGCGACCCGGGCCGGGCGAUCCGGCGCCGGGUUUUGUUAUCCGCCCGCACCUAGAGGCCGCGCCCGCAGCCGCCAGCCCCGGGACUGGACCCCAGGGCGCCCUCGGCCCUGCGGGGUCCCCGCCCUCUCUUCUGUCUCCUCCUCACCGCCCUCCUGGGGCACUCUGAUGCGGGCGGGCAUCUCUGCCGAAAACACCUACAGCGCCCGCUCCCUUGGUCCUUCGAGCAGUGAUCCCUCCGCGGCCAACCUCCCCAGGGAAACCAGCGAUUCGCGGUUCGGAUAGCGACCUUCGCCCCCAGGUUCCUGCUCUGCCUUCAGACUUCGGCUUCAGUGGCACCUGCUCAGCGAGGCCUCGUCUCACCAAGCCAUCCGAAUUAACUGCCCACUCACUCGCCAUCACAUCACCCCGAUUUAAUGCGCAGCGGGGCACUGACUUUACACUCGUGUGUCUUCUGUGUUUAUUUAUGGUCUGUUUCUGGAAUGUCCGCUCCUGGGACUGGGACCAUGUUUUUCUGGCGCAGUGCGGGUGUCUCGGCGUCCAGGAUCGGGCGGGUCGCAGUAGGGCUCCACAUUUGUUGAGUGACUGAACACGGUUCCCGGCCGGGGAGAGCGCCGCAGCCGGGUCCACUUCAGGCAGGGGCUGGGCUUUCCCGGCCCCGCCUAGGCCCCGCCCCCAGCGCGAACCCGCUCCCACCUCGCCUGUCCGCGGAGCAGCCGGGGGUUUGACUGUGCUUUUCCUUCUUGCUUCCCUCGCUCUUUCUGCAGCCGCCACGAAAACCCGGAACGGCGGAGCCACCGAGCGGCGGAGCGGAGCCGCCCCUCGCGGCACCUCCCUGGCAGCCCUUGGAGGCCGCGCUGGGCAUGCUCAGUCGGCUGGGCCGCCUCAGCUCUCGGAGUAGGAAGCUCGGGCGCUCCGGCUGUAAGGAGCCGCGGCGGGGGGAAAAUGGAGCCCUUCACCAAUGAUCGGCUUCAGCUCCCCAGGAAUAUGAUUGAAAACAGCAUGUUUGAGGAAGAACCAGAUGUGGUGGAUUUAGCCAAAGAGCCUUGUUUACAUCCUCUAGAGCCUGAUGAGGUGGAAUAUGAGCCCCGGGGUUCCCGACUGCUGGUGCGGGGUCUUGGUGAGCAUGAGAUGGAGGAGGAUGAAGAGGAUUAUGAGUCAUCAGCAAAGCUGCUGGGCAUGUCCUUCAUGAAUAGAAGCUCAGGCCUUCGGAACAGUGCAACUGGUUACAGGCAGAGCCCAGAUGGGGCUUGUUCAGUACCCUCUGCAAGGACCAUGGUGGUCUGUGCUUUUGUCAUUGUGGUUGCUGUUUCUGUAAUCAUGGUGAUUUAUUUACUGCCCAGAUGUACCUUUACCAAAGAAGGCUGCCAUAAAAAAAACCAGUCAAUUGGACUAAUUCAGCCAUUUGCAACAAAUGGGAAAUUGUUUCCAUGGGCACAGAUCAGGCUUCCCACUGCCGUUGUGCCACUACGCUAUGAACUCAACCUACACCCGAACCUAACCUCGAUGACAUUCAGGGGUUCUGUGACAAUUUCAGUUCAGGCUCUUCAGGUCACAUGGAAUAUCAUUCUUCAUAGCACAGGUCAUAAUAUUUCAAGAGUGACCUUUAUGUCAGCAGUUUCAAGCCAAGAAAAACAAGCUGAGAUCCUGGAAUAUGCAUAUCAUGGACAGAUCGCCAUUGUUGCCCCCGAAGCUCUUCUAGCAGGGCACAAUUAUACAUUGAAGAUAGAGUACUCGGCAAAUAUAUCUAGUUCUUACUAUGGGUUUUAUGGCUUCUCCUACACAGAUGAAAGUAAUGAGAAAAAGUACUUUGCAGCAACUCAGUUUGAACCCCUGGCAGCAAGAUCUGCUUUUCCUUGUUUUGAUGAACCAGCAUUUAAAGCCACUUUUAUCAUCAGGAUCAUAAGGGAUGAGCAAUACACCGCUUUAUCAAAUAUGCCUAAGAAGUCAUCAGUCGUUCUAGACGAUGGACUUGUUCAGGAUGAGUUUUCUGAGAGUGUGAAGAUGAGCACUUACUUGGUUGCUUUCAUUGUGGGAGAGAUGAAGAACCUGAGUCAGGACGUAAAUGGAACCCUGGUUUCUAUAUAUGCUGUACCAGAAAAGAUUGGUCAAGUUCACUAUGCGUUGGAAACAACUGUGAAGCUUCUUGAGUUUUUUCAAAACUACUUUGAAAUUCAGUACCCACUUAAGAAAUUGGAUUUGGUGGCUAUUCCUGACUUUGAAGCAGGAGCAAUGGAAAAUUGGGGUUUGCUCACCUUCCGAGAGGAGACACUUCUGUAUGACAAUAACACUUCUUCAAUGGCGGAUAGAAAGCUGGUGACUAAAAUCAUUGCUCAUGAGCUGGCCCACCAGUGGUUUGGCAAUCUGGUAACAAUGAAGUGGUGGAAUGAUCUAUGGCUAAAUGAAGGUUUUGCCACUUUCAUGGAGUAUUUCUCUUUGGAAAAAAUAUUCAAAGAGCUUUCUAGUUAUGAAGAUUUCUUAGAUGCUCGAUUUAAAACCAUGAAGAAAGAUUCCUUAAAUUCAUCUCAUCCAAUAUCAUCAUCUGUUCAGUCUUCAGAACAAAUUGAAGAAAUGUUUGAUUCUCUUUCCUAUUUUAAGGGAGCUUCUCUCUUGUUGAUGCUGAAAACUUACCUUAGUGAAGAUGUGUUUCAACAUGCUGUUGUCCUUUACCUGCAUAAUCACAGCUAUGCAUCCAUUCAAAGUGAUGAUCUGUGGGAUAGUUUUAAUGAGGUCACAAACCAAACACUGGAUGUAAAGAGAAUGAUGAAAACCUGGACCCUGCAGAAAGGAUUUCCUUUAGUGACUGUUCAAAAGAAAGGAAAGGAACUUUUUAUACAACAAGAGAGAUUCUUUUUAAAUAUGAAGCCUGAAAUUCAGCCUUCAGAUACAAGCUACCUGUGGCAUAUUCCACUAUCCUAUGUCACUGAAGGAAGAAAUUAUUCAAAAUAUCAAUCGGUAUCAUUACUGGAUAAGAAAUCAGGUGUCAUCAAUCUUACAGAAGAAGUGCUGUGGGUCAAAGUGAAUAUAAACAUGAAUGGUUAUUAUAUUGUACACUAUGCAGAUGAUGAUUGGGAAGCACUAAUCCAUCAGUUGAAAAUAAAUCCUUAUGUUCUGAGUGACAAAGACCGAGCCAACCUUAUCAACAACAUCUUUGAACUUGCAGGCCUAGGCAAGGUACCUCUCAAGAGGGCCUUUGAUUUGAUUAAUUAUCUUGGAAAUGAGAACCAUACUGCACCCAUCACCGAAGCCCUGUUUCAGACAGACCUCAUCUAUAACCUCCUUGAGAAACUGGGAUACAUGGAUCUGGCCUCAAGACUGGUGACCAGGGUAUUUAAAUUACUUCAAAACCAAAUUCAACAACAAACUUGGACUGAUGAGGGCACUCCAUCUAUGCGAGAGCUUCGGUCAGCCCUGCUAGAGUUUGCUUGCACCCACAACCUGGGGAACUGCUCUACUACUGCCAUGAAACUGUUUGAUGACUGGAUGGCAUCCAAUGGAACUCAGAGCCUACCUACUGAUGUCAUGACAACUGUGUUCAAAGUUGGAGCAAAAACUGACAAAGGCUGGUCAUUCCUUUUGGGCAAAUACAUUUCUAUAGGCUCUGAAGCAGAGAAGAACAAAAUACUAGAAGCACUUGCCAGCUCAGAGGAUGUGCGGAAGCUUUACUGGUUAAUGAAAAGUAGCCUGAAUGGAGAUAACUUCCGAACACAGAAGCUGUCUUUUAUCAUUAGAACAGUGGGUCGACAUUUUCCUGGACACUUACUGGCAUGGGAUUUUGUCAAAGAGAACUGGAAUAAGCUUGUACAGAAGUUCCCUCUGGGGUCCUAUACCAUACAAAAUAUUGUUGCUGGAUCAACUUACCUGUUUUCAACAAAGACACAUUUAUCUGAGGUUCAGGCAUUCUUUGAAAAUCAGUCAGAGGCAACCUUCCGGCUUCGUUGUGUCCAGGAGGCUUUGGAAGUCAUUCAGUUGAAUAUCCAGUGGAUGGAGAAGAACCUCAAAAGUCUCACAUGGUGGCUGUAGCAUGCACAACCGCACCUCAUUUUCUUGCCCAUUCAGAGAGCUUGUAAGCUUGGGCUCUGCCGCUUUUGCAAAAGCCAAGGUAAAGCCAGGAUCGCUGCCGAGUUGUUUGCACUCUUUGGAGUUCUAGUUAGCUCAGGGCCUGACUGUAUUUUUCAUCCAUCUUUUCUGAAGUGUCUUUGGGCAGUAUGUAGUUAUUUAUUACAAAAUUAUAUUCACCUAAAUGCCAACCAUCUACAAAAACAAUGAGUAAUUUUUCUACUUUGAAGAUACACAGAUGGGGAAAAAAACCCUGUUUUGGAAUUCUGUUCUAUUCCUCAGUAUCCAGAAAGUUACUGACACAGUAAAACAAGGAAAGUUCUACCCUAAGAGCCGCCAUCACUGCAGGCCGCUGGUUUGUCAGCCGUCUGUUGCUUCUUAUUGAUAGAUGGCAUUGGAAUGUGGUACAAAGUUAGCUCUGAAGAAUAUGGUAACGAAGACAAUAAAGCAUGCACUGUAAGAACUGACCUCAGGUGUGCAGAUCUACUUUGAUUUGGGGUUUUGAUUAAUUCUUUAUUUUUCUGAAAAAAAGUUUAAAUAAUGUCUGUAACUAUUGUGUUUUUUUCCUGCCGAAUAGCCAGGUGCUACAGAUUUUUAAAAUUUUUGUUGUAUUGAAAAGCUAAACAAGGCCAAAAGGUUAAAUUUUUUGAAUAUUUAAGACUUUCUUUUUCAUCUUUUAUAGCGUUACCAUAGGAAACUGUUCCAAACUGAGUUAGCUUUAAUUAUAAUUAUUUUAUUCAUAAAUGGUGAUAGUCCCCAAAUCUGUACACCUUUAUCACUCCCUUCCGUAGAUAUACUUUAGGUUAGUAUUUCUACAUUCGUGGCAAGCAUUUUGGUAACACCAGUGGUUUUCAUUGUGACUUUUAUCACUAUUACUAAGAAUGCAAUUUAAGUUGCCUUUUGGCAUCAUAGAUCAUAGAAACCUUCUCUCUGAAUCAUACCCAUGUGUGAAUUUUCAUUUUAUAUGAUAGUGUAGCAUAUUAGAAGCAUAUUUUAAAACAGAGCCUUUGAGAAAUUGAAAAACAAUUAUUUGAAGUUCACCAUAGUACCUUAAAGGAACAAAGAGAAUGUGAGAUAGGAGUAACUUGAAUUCGUGUUUAGUACGGUGGGCUUUGAAUUUUUUUCACUAUCAAAAAUAGUGCUUUUGUUUAGUUAAAAAUUGUAGUUUUUCUUUUUUUGUGUGUCCAAACUAACAUAAAAGGAGUGGUCAAAGAAGGAAAGAAGAAAAAUGAGGGAGGAUGUCCGAAACUGUAUGGCAUUUUACUCCUUCUGAAAGAGAAAUACUGUACUUGAAUUUUUGAGCUAUGCAGACUUAUACCUAGAUUGUUGUGUUUCUUUGAUUCUUAGGAGAAAAGCUUACUUCCUAAUAAUUCUUGAGAACUUUAUAUUUUGUUUGAAAACAGUUUCUAUGUACAUAAAAAGGGUAGUCACCCAUUUGUGAGCACUUAAAACACUCCACAGAGUCAGACAGUGGGAAAGGUCACCCUUUUUUUAUUCAGCAGGUAUCAAGUUAGAAUGUAUGGAAUUGUGAAUAAAAUUAUAUUUUAUUUUAUGAAAAUAUUUUUAUAUAAUAAAAUUUAAAAGGCUGGUAAGCUAAAAAAAAAA